GGCGCAGUGAGCGCACGCACAAAGAAAGACGAGCGAGGACGCGGCGCGUUGGCGGCCGUGUUUCCGCACGGGGUCCCCCUCGUUAGGCCGCAUUCGUUUUCCUGCCCGCCAGAAGCCAUUAGGCCGCGCCGCGAUGCGAGAGCAGUGCAUUAUGUCGGCCUCCUCCCGGCGUACAUCUCGUCGAUUCCACAGUCCUUAAUUUCGAGUUCAUGCGCGUAAAGAUAGCUAAACUUGCGUUCUUUGUCGGACUGAGUUUGCGCAGCAGAAGUUACCGACCUUGACGAAAUCGACAUGUUAUUAAGGGUGGAGUGUUAUGAUGGCGCUGGAAUGCGAAGAGGACCACGACCGGACCAAGAGGGUGACAUUCCUAGCUGCCUGUUUCCUUUUUGUGAUCCUGCGCGAUACCACUGAAGGACAGUACCCACCUGGACCACCCGCCUGCCGGGCAUGGUAUCAAGAGUGCGGCAUCCAGCGCAGCUACCCUUGCUGCGGAGGCUUGGUGUGCUGGCACGGGCGGUGCAUCAACCGUAGGGAGGACCGUCAGGGUUACCACUACCCGAAGGAUAACUAUUUCCCGCCGCCCUGGUACUACCAGCGGUUCGUGCCCGUCUACCCGGUGAACUUCAGGCCGUGAACUCGUACGACGCCAAGCACUGUGCCGACUCGAUGUACCUGUCGGUCACCCCCCCCCCCCCCCCCUCUCCAUUUUCUCCUCCCUCCCACUGCAUCAUAUGCAGGAUCAUCGUUUCUCUGUUUUGAGAGUCUGAGUGCUCUUCCAGGUAGCCUGGCAUAUCUUUUGAUGUAUGUACGUUUUGCCUGAAGUUUUUUACAUGUACGUGU